AUGGCUGUUGAUGAUGAUGUUGAUGCAACAAUUACAACGAUAGACAAAAAGAGAGCAAACUUGAAAAAACUUCUAAAAGCAUUAUUGAAAAGAUUGCGUAUGAUGGCGGAAUGUCGUGCCCUGCUGACGUCACUACAGACCCACCCACUUUUCCUGAACUGCAUGUGCUUCGCUUCUAGCAGUCUGCAGAGCGAUAAGGAGUGCCUGGAUUUUCAGAAUAGGAUCUUUCUACACAGCUGUCUAGGGACCUCACCUAACGUAUCGUGGAUAUCGAAACCGGAAAAGAAAGAUGCUAUAUCGAACGUCAUCACUGACGAUGACGACGACGAUGACGAUGACGACGAAAAUGACGUCAUCAACAACAGCAACAACAACAACGACAAAAAUCUCCUAAAUAAUAACAAAAACAACACCAACAACAAUAAUAAAAAUAAUAAGAAUGGUGAUGAUAAUGAUAAUAACGGCGAUGAUACUGAUAAUGAUAUCGAUGAGAAAUCUUGCUUGUGGAGGAGGAGAUGGUGUUCGCGCGAAUCCAGAUGUCUGGAGAGUCUGGCGACGUUUAGGGCGGAGUGUCGCGAGAACAAAAAUACAAAAAGAUGUUUGCCGAAUAAUUGGAGCGCCUGCCACCUUUCACUGAUUUCACUGAGGAAACAUUCACGCGACUUGCUGAGUUGCCAAUGUGGACACUUCAAAAAUCAACAACUCAACAAAAAGUGCCACAAAUUUCAACAAAAUUUGUUGAGCAAUGCGUGUUGGGACUCCGCCCCCUACUUCGUGUAUACAUCGAAGUUACCAGAGCUGACAUUUUCAGAGCAGAAGACACUGGCGUUGUCGUCUGAAACCUCGAACGGAUGUUCAUCCUUGCCACAAUCAGACCGUCGCAUGUCGCCGAUCAGCUGUUGCUUGUAUGUCUACAGACGUUGCAACUUAGACCAACAAUGUUCCAGCUACCUGGAAAGCAUGAUGCACGCUUGCUACUGGGAGUCUAACGGCGACCACUGCAACAGAAAAUCUUGUCUCACUCAGAUUAGGAAUUUUUUUAUGAAGGUUAAGCCAGAUCUGGCACUUUCAUUGGAUAGCAGAAACGAGGUCAUCCAAUCAAAAUGUUUGAAAUUAAAAGAGGUCAUCAUACCGACAUGCAGUAGGGUUGAAUUACCCCCACCCCUGUGUACGCAUCUGGUCGAUAGGUGCAUUGAUGAUGACGUCUGCAGACAGUCUUGGUACGAUUUCAAUCAUCAUUGCCCUGUCGAGACUCCCAAGUAUUAUAAAACUUCUUCAUUUGCAAGAUGUCAGGAGAAUCAGAAGUGCACCGCAUCAAUAGUAUACUUAAUGGGUACUUUGUUAAGUACCAAUUGUACUUGCUUUGCGAAAAGCAACAAACUUAAAGCUAGUAAUCUGAGUAACGUGCUAAGUAAUAUUACUGUUGGUAGUAGUAGCAGUGGCAGCAGCAGUGGUAGUAGUAGUAGUGGCGAUGGUGGUGAUAGUAGUAGUAGUAGUAGUAGUAGUACUGCAGCGGAAUACAAGAGAUGUCAGUCAUACAGAAAGUUACUACAUUACAAGAAUUACUGUCUAGGACUUGUGGACCGCCCAAUCGUCGGCAAAAUUAUUGAUGACGACGAUGAUGACGUCACUGAUAAGAAUAACAAUGAAGACGACGAUAAUGCCGAUUGUAACAAUUACGAAAUAAGCAAAGUGUAUGCCCAACAAAAUGAUGGUUCGAGGUUCAGUCUAUCAGAUAGAGGGCAGUGCGGUUGUCAUCGGGGUCAGGUCAUUUGUGUCAAGCCACCAUACAGGGUCGACCUUCCCGAAGGCCUCUUUCUUCACAUCGGCUACAGUUCAGUCGAGCUGUCCCACCUAUCGAAGUACAUCGGUGUCGGUAUCGACUCGAUUACCGAUCUAUUCAACCGAAUAUUACUCUACAUAAAUGGCCCUCUUUCACAGAGCAGCGUUAGUAAUGUAAUUGUAAUCAUCCUUGCCUCAGCAGCUCGAAGCACAUACGCGAGCUUCUCACACGGCACGGUGGCAGCUUCCUUCACGACGUGCCGCUUGCGAACGUCAUCAAGUACUCCCAGAUCGAAUCCGUGUACUACCACACCAACCACAACCAGCGACACCAACAGCAUCGUCUAUUAA